AUGAUUCGACAACUCUCACAUGGAAGCGGGACCUCGAGCUCACCAAACGCAGCAAGUCCAAAGAUCAAGGGCUUUUGGCAGGGCCGCAGGAAGAAAUCAUCUGUGAGCUCAGGCUGCCCGAUCACUGAGUCUCCAACGAGUGGCAGUCUGUUCGCAGAGAAAAUAUUCGUGCGGAAUCACAAUGAAGAUCCAAUUCCAACAUCACCCCUCACCCUCCCCGAGCUCGAACCGUGCCGAUCAAAUGGUCUUCCCUCGCCGGAUCCGUCACUUACAUUGUCCCACGAUGCCGAAUAUCUCCACUUGAAGGAACAUACACGGCGAUUGAAGAAGGCACCGGCUGGGUCUGAUCCAAAGAAGGUCGACGCAACGUGGGAGAUUUACAAGAAAGUCCGGGACGAAUGUCUACAGUUGUGCAGAAGCCUUCUUGAAAAGUCCCAUAGCAGUGGUCGCAACCCGUCCCUCGAUGUGAACCCAGAGCCUAGUGACGCAAGAUCAUCAUGCAGCGGAUCGUUAAUGGAAGCGCCGUCUAAUACAAACCCUGGUGACCAGCGGCUGGCCGCCAUUCAAGAGUAUAAAGGGAUUCUGGAGCAGAUGGUAGACAACUUCAGGACUUGUUUACUGAUUACGUAUGCGAAAAAUGAACCGGACGCUUCAGAGGAACAAAAAAGGGCAUUCCUGGAUGAUAUGAAGGUCCGAAAAGGCUUGAUUAUGAAGUGGAGAGAUGCUAGUAUUCAUGCCAUGAAAUCUGAGAAGCUGUUGUACUGGGAGCAAUUCAAGAUUCGGUCUCUAAAUUUUGACAGGCUCAAACUUGAUUUAUUGGCUAUCUCCAAGAUAUCUGACACCCCCGAGCCCACGUUUGACGGUGAUACCGCUAGUCAAAACAUUCGCGAGUACGUGAUUGCGCGGCAGGGUGACACCAUCCUCGAGUUCGAAAAUAAGAGUGUCGAGGGAUGUCAAGUUCUCAGAUUCCGCGUCUCCUCUCAUCUUCUAGCCGAGUCAUCGCCAUUCUUUGCGCAGAUGCUUUUACCGCAACCACCAGGUGCUAUCUGCCCAGUUGACAUGGACAAUCAGCUUCCGGGCCCUGCUGGGAGACACGUGUGCAAGGACGGCAUUGAAGUCAAAAUCUACCGCAUGCCUCAGAUAGAAAUGAACGUACAUGAAUCGCUCACGAUUCUUCUACAUGCCGCGCAUAUGCAUAACAACAAAGUCCCCAGGCAAAUAGACUUUCCAGUCUUUGUAAGUAUUGCGGAGGUGUGCUUGCGGUACCAUUGUACUGCACCGCUUGAAUUGCAGGUCGAGUAUCAAUGGCUUCCGCAAUGGAUCCAUAUGGCAAGCGACAAUAGUCCAGACGGCCUGCUGUUGAUAAGCUAUACCUUCGGACUUCGGAGACUGUUUUCACGCAUGUCGAAGUCUGCUAUCCUGAACUCGCUAGAUGACGACGAAAUCCAGUCAAGAGAGACUUGGCCGCAAGCAAUCAGAGAUAAAAUCAGGGCAGUGAGAGGGGCAAAAAUCGCACAAAUAAAUGAUCGCUGUACGAAAGCACUCGAAGAAUAUUUUCGCCCGCCGAUCGAACACAUGGAUAGGAAAUCGAGUGUUGGUUCUUUGCAGCUGACAGCAAAACCCCGCUGUCCGAAGGGGCAACAUUUAUGCGAUGCUACAAACUUGGGAUGGCUCAUGUUGGUGUACAAUGAGCUGCGAGUCCUUCCAAGUUUGAUGAAUGAAGUUGGAUUUCAGAGCCUACCAAAACCACCACGACGGAGUCUUAAGGCUCUAGUUGAUUCCCUUAGGCUUAUGCCUAGUGCGCCACAGGUGCAUGACGGAGUAUGCGAUUAUGCGCCAGCAUUCAGAAGCGCAAUAGAUGAUAUAUACAAUAGCGUCCGAGGUUUGACAUUCAAAGAGGUAAGUGGCAAAGACGGAUGGGGACUUUCCAAGCAUGCUGGCCCCGACGACUCAGAAGAUGAUCUUCACGAGAUUGUCGAGCUACCCGGGAAUGUGAGAAAAGCUACGACGUCACGAAUACGCACCCACGUUUCCGAAGGCCCAUCCGACGAAGUAGGUCGCAUGUUAGGUACCUCAAAUUUGUCUGACGACUCCGACGAUCUGAUCGAGGAGGAUCAAGCAGUAUCGACUUCUAAUUCUCCAUUUUCAGGAGGAAGUAGGGGUCUGUCUUUGCCUCAUAUAGCCAUUCCUCGUGAGAAGGAAGAGAAGUUCCUUGCUAUCGAGAAGUCAGAACUGGCUAGUCCUCUGUCUCCACUGAGCGGUGGUGAGGGUGAUGAUGAUUUAUACAAUGCAUCGCCUCUGGUUCCAUCCUUUACGCAGGGCGCUGGAGAGAUAGAAAUGUCUGCUGAGGAAGCUCAUCGAAUCCUAUGGCCCGACGAUGAAUAUGCCGGUCCCGACACACAUCCCGAAGAAAACGAAAAGGUUUUACUAGACGAUAUCAAGCGCUUUGGUGGUAAGCCGAAGGCUAACAUUUGUCAAGCAUCCGCUCGCGCGGAAGACAAGGCGAAAGUCGUCGCCGAUGGAAAGCAUCUCAGAGACGAGAAGGACAAGACUCUUGGGUUGGGUCUCUACAAACAUGGUUGUCGGCCACCUUGA